AUGUGGUUUCCGAUCGAAAGCCAUCAGAUCCUGGACGUGGUAUCAAAAGCAGACGACGAACCUCAUUUGGUCGUGGUAGUAUUGCCGCAGUUCUUGAUACUAGUGCGACAAACAGAGCAAUGGCCACCCAUUGCCAUGCAGGGACACGUUUUGGUGUUUGCGGUGGUAAUGCACAGACGUUGUCGGUUGUUGCACAGUUGCCCUACGAGCGUUGUCCAGGUCAACGUCGAAGUCAAUAUCAUCAGAGAAGAAACCUACAAGUUCGCAUUGGCUCUUAGACGUCGGGUCGCAGAAGAAGUCGGGCGAGAGGCAGUUGUGCUUGAAGACGAAGGAGAUGAACUGGCCUCCGCCAGCGACGUUCUUGUUAAUGUCGCUGACGUAGGUCGUGUUCUCGAAUUUGCAGGGUUCAUUGAGCUGUUGAGUAGCGGACCUACAAAGAGACAGACCGACAGAUUCAAGCAUACAGCCCUAUUUGACGCCGUUCCAUCUGCGCUCGACGCUGGCGGUGCACACUGCUCAUCCCUGCCCAACUCACACUUACCUCCAACGGCGACCUGCAGCCGACACCCACUCCCAUUAUCUGGACAGAAUUCGCCCUUCCCACACAUCGGCGGCAGAUCGGCGGUCGUGUUCGGCACCAUCAUCCCUUUCGAUUGGAGCGUCUUCAAUUUGUUGCCUCCUCCAAAGUUCGCAUAUCCGAACGGAUAUUCGUCACGCCUGCACAGUCGCGGGAAGCAUAUGCCUAGCCCAGUAGCGUUGACGGGUGCUUCGGGCGGUUGGGCGCAGAACAUCGUCUCGGUGCACUCCGAGAUGAGCUUGUGCGAGGACGGGUUGAGCUUGACGUUCUUUGGCGAGCAAGGGAUUGGCUUUCCGGAGGCUGUUCGUGCGACGCCUGAGGGGAUUGGGAAGGGGAACGUAUACGUUGGUCGGGCCAGGGACGGGCCAGAGUGGGAUGAUGCGCUCGAUAAAGGUGCGGACGCCAGGAAGGUGUUCGCCGGUGUUGGUGCCUCUGUAGGCACGGAUACAGGCGGGGCGGGCGUGGGCAUGGGUGGAGGCAAGGUUGCGCCAAUGAGGAAGGUCGAUGUUCGGGUAUCGGGGCCCUGGGCGGCGAUGAGUGGAAUGGACAACAGGCACAACAAGACGUAG